AUGACAGCCAUCCUCUCCAGCGGCUCGCUUCUGGCCACCCACGACUACUACCGGAGCAGUCAGAGUUCUGCGUCCAGCAACAGCUCCUGUGGAAAUGCGGAGUACCCCGGGGAAGACAGCCCUCACUGGUGGGCCAGCUUUUCUUCGGGAAGUCCACUGUCCCAUUCAUGGCCCCAGUGUUGGAGGCCCCAGGGCCCUCGGAAUCCCCCCCAUGCUCCCAGUAGCAUAGUCACCAGUGGCUUCGGAAACCACAAGGAAGCAGCCACUCAGCCAGCCCAGCCAGGCCACCACCAGGCGCUCGUCUUGACCUGA